AACAAACAGUAGUAUUUGGCAAUAAAAUAAAUACCAAAAGUUGUGUCCCCUCUUCUUACUUUUCAUACUGUGCAGUAAUGGGUUGUUUUUUAUCGGAAAACAUUUUCACGCCUUCCUUCUAACUCUUUCUAUCUCUACUCUCAACUUCACGGCUCAAUUUUCCGUUGUUGCUGCAAUAUUUUCCUGUGGCCCAAAAGUAAUUUGGUGAGUUUUGUUUUCAGUAAAAGUAGAUAUGCAACACACUGGUGCAAAGGAUACCCAACUUCGUGAAAGCAGCAACCAAAAAGUUCACCCCCAACCAAUGGAAGAGGCGACAAAUCAGAACCCUGAAGCUAUGGAAGCAUUAGUGUCUAGGAUAUUUACAAACAUCUCCUCGCUGAAGUCGGCUUACAUUCAACUACAAGCUGCCCAUACUCCUUAUGACCCCGAUAAAAUUCAAGCUGCUGACAAGCUUGUAAUAUCAGAGCUAAAAAAUCUUUCUGAACUCAAGCAUUUCUAUAGAGAGCACAACCCUAAACCUGUCUGUGUCUCUCCACAAGACUCUCGAUUAGCUGCUGAGAUUCAAGAACAGCAGAGCCUGUUGAAGACAUAUGAGGUCAUGGUGAAAAAAUUUCAGUCUGAAAUUCAGAAUAAAGAUUCUGAGAUUGUUCAAUUAGAGCAGCAGAUCCAGGAAUCCAGUCAGAAACGAGUAAAACUUGAGAAGAACCUGAAGCUUAGGGGCUUGUCAACGAAAGAAUCAGAAGGGAGUGGUGGUGAAUCGGGACACUUUUCACUGGAUUUAUCCCCUGACCUUUUCAGGUCAGCUGUAGAAGCCGCUUCCAGGGCCAUUCAUGACUUCUCCAAGCCAUUAAUCAACAUGAUGAAAGCAGCUGGGUGGGAUCUUGACGCUGCAGCAAACUCCAUUGAACCAAACAUUGUUUAUGCAAAAAGGGCUCACAAGAAAUAUGCCUUUGAAUCUCAUAUCUGCCAGAGAAUGUUUAUCGGGUUUCAGGAUGAGAGCUUCGGCACGACACCAGAAAAUCAGGCUGAGACAAAAGAAAGUAUAUAUCAGCAGUAUCUUAGUUUGAGGGAAAUGGAUCCGCUUGAUGCAGUGGGCCAGAAUCCAGAUUCGAUGUUUGGAAAGUUUUGCCAGAGGAAAUACCUCGCUGUCGUCCAUCAAAAGAUGGAAGCAUCAUUUUUUGGCAACUUAGAUCAACGGAAUUACAUAAUGGGUGGAGGUCAUCCAAGGACGGCCUUUUACCAGGCUUUUCUGAAAUUGGCUAAGGUGAUCUGGCUUUUGCACCGGUUGGUGCAUUCAUUUGAUCCUCCAGUUAAGAUUUUUCAGGUAAAGCGGGACAGUGAGUUUUCAGAGGUUUAUAUGGAAAGUGUCGUGAAAGAUUUUGUUGUAGAAGAUGGCGAUGAGAAACCUAAAGUCGGUCUGAUGGUAAUGCCGGGAUUCUGGAUAGGUGGUAGCAUCAUCCAAUCUCAAGUCUACCUAACAGGUAUCAAGCUCGCCGAAUGACACCUCGUUUCCUUUCCUUUGCUUCCUGCUCGAAAAUUUUCGAUUUGUAUGUAACCCUACCCAAUGUUUGUCUCAGAUACAUAGAAGUAGCAUUUCUCGUGUUUCAUUCGAUGAGAAAUGCAGGUCCCAAUGGGGAAAUUGUUGUAGUAUAGAAUGUAAUGUGCCCCUCAAAAUGUGCCCCUCAAAAUUGAACUUGGAGAAACUGUCACCACUGCUUUUUAAUAGUGUGUUUCUUGUUAAUUAGUAGUACUAUUUAUUUGGCCA